AAAAGUACUAGCCAUGGAUAUUGAUAUGCUUAAAUCAUCAGCAGCUUCUGAAGAUCAAAUGGAAAUGAUGCUCAUGAUGCAAUUGGAGAAAUUUCCUGACUUUUAUACUGGUAAUUGUUCCGAAUUACCAAUGAUGGAGUUUAGUCCACAAGGAAGUUGCAACAGCAAUAACAACAACAACUACAAUUUCCAACAAAUUGAUCAAAAUUCACCUAAUUUCCUCAACAUACCUUCUACUAUUUCAUUCACAAACUCACCUCCAAUUCAUCAAAACCCUAAUUUCUUACCCAAUUCGGGUGGAUUUACUUCGAAUUCGAUGAAUCGAAGCAAUAUGGCAGCAAUGAGGGAGAUGAUAUUCAGAAUUGCAGCAAUGCAGCCAAUUAACAUCGAUCCUGAAUCUGUUAAACCACCAAAGAGAAGGAACGUGAAGAUAUCGACGGAUCCACAGAGCGUUGCGGCGCGACACAGGAGAGAAAGGAUAAGUGAAAGGAUAAGAAUAUUACAGAGAUUAGUACCAGGAGGAACAAAAAUGGAUACUGCAUCAAUGUUAGAUGAAGCAAUACAUUAUGUGAAAUUUUUGAAAAAUCAAGUGCAAUCACUGGAAAGGGCAGGUGCAACUAGGCCAGUUAAUGGUACUGCUGUUACUGCUGCUGCUGCAGGAUUAGGAUUCCCUGUACCAAUGUCUUUGAGUGGGAAUUAUAAUUUCCCUGUGAGUUCAAAAAAUUAUCAUCAUCAAAAUAUUCAACGAUAUGCAGAUGUUUAAUUAAUUAUUAGUAUAAAUUGAAGAAAUUUGUGGGGUUGUAAAUUAGAAA